CACUUCCGGCCGGUUCAUCCCCAUGAGUGGCCAGAGCCCGGUGCAGAUUUUACACGAAACAGCCCCUCAUCAAGCAUUACUUUCAUUUCUCUAUUCUUCUUCGUGGAGGAGGAAGCGAAGCAAGAGCAACGACAGCGAGUCGUUUUAUUUUUCUUUAUUCGUUCCUCUUUUUUUCUUAGAGGCACACUUCUUGCCUCCACAGCUUAUACAUUGCUUUACGAAUCAAAUCCAGUAAGAGGCGCUGGUUAGCCGCCGUGCUGAAAUCAAACCUCCCCUCCGUUUAUUCCAUUUUCCCUCUCGGUAUUAGCUAGCUAACUUACCCAGGCGACGGUAACUCUCUCCCUCCAUCCGCACGCCGACAUGCCGGAGUACCUGGACGACCCGUCUGUGCUCACCAAGGACAAGCUGAAGAGCGAGCUGCUGGCUCACAACGUAGAGCUCCCGAGCGGCAACCCGACCAAGGACGUGUACGUUCAGCUUUAUCUGAAGAACCUGACCGCUCAGAACAAGAAGCAUGUCACGGCCACCACUUUGGACGCUUUCUCCAGCGACGAGGAGCUGCCGCCGCCCGUGGUCUCCAACAGAAGUCGCUCAUCCGGCAGAAAAGCCACCAGGAAAACGGACAAGGUUCGGCCAGACGAGCUGGAUGUGACCAUGCUUACCGACGAGGGCCUGAGGGACGAGCUGCUCAAGCACGGCGUGGACGUGGGGCCGGUUGUGGCGUCCACCCGUAAGCUGUAUGAGAAGAAACUACAGAAGCUGCUGGACGACGGUCCUGCGCAGCCACCGCUGCCACAGCUGGUUCUCACUGAGAUCGAAGUCAACCACAAUGGCAACUCUGAAUCAGACCUCUACAGUGACAAGGAGGAUGAAGUGACAGCAGCACCAGAACCAGAGCCUGUACCAGAGCCCGAACCAGCUCCAGUGGUGGAGAGACCAGUGAGGAGCCGAGGGAAGACCCCCGUCACCACCCGCACCCGCAGCAGCCAGCACCACACGAGAGAGCAGUUGAUGGAUGAGGAAGAUGAUGAUGAUGAUGAAGAGCCUGUCUUGCAAGUAAAGCGCAGAUCCAGGAGACUAUCCAAUAGAACGUCUCUGUCCCAGCAGAUAGUGCCUGAGGACCUCAGGCCUGAAUUGACAGAUCCUAUCCAGUUAAAGUCUAACAGGAACAUUCACCAUAAGUCUGACAGUCCAGCUCAGGCUGAGCGUCACUCCACCUCGUCCAGGCGUGUUCAGGUCCACAGGGAAGAACUUGGACUGAAUCUUUCCAAACACAGUAAGAACUCAUCCCAUAAGCCAGACGCUGUGCUCAACACUGCUCUGCUACAGUCAAAGAGAGUGCCUGAAGAACAGAGUCAACUACCAGCUGCCAAGCCUUCAUUCCCUCUGGUCCCCCUCACCAGAGUCGACCCAGUCACCUUUAGCCCCAUGUGUAACAUCUCACCCAUUAAGAGUCAGGAGUCCUACUGGAGUGUAUCAGACCAGACUGCAUCUAAGCCCAGCGGUGUCUCAGCAGCCGGGGAGGAGCGUGCCCCCUCAGGCACCCUGCUGCAUAAGAGGAGGCAGCCGAAAAUCAGCAGCUUCCUGUCCGCGCGCGGCCCUGUGAAGACGCACAGCUACACACCCACGCUGUCAGGGGAUGUGUUAGAGAGACAGGUGGAGAAGAUCACAGCCAGCGACCAAAACCCAAAAGUGGAGGAGAAUGAUGUUCUGAAGGAGCUGUUCCCCAAUGACAUGAACAGUCCAACAGGAAUCAGCGCCACCUGUCGACGACCCAUCCGAGGAGCCGCCGGCCGCCCGUUGAAGUCCAGUGACCUGUGGAACAACGAAAACUGCCUCUUCUCUCCAAAAACCACCACCAAGACCAGCAUCUCCUCUUCCUCUUACACAGAGAGCCGCACUGUCAACAGAGUCACCAGCCUGCCCCCCUCCACCCCCUCCACCGCCUUCACCUCCUCUACCUCCACCUCCUCUUUCACCACUUCCUCCAGGCUCCUGUCCGCAGCUCCCCCCGCAGGUCAGACCAAAGCUUCGCGUCGCAGCAUGUCUCUGUGGAUUAAGCUGUUCCUGCUGGCCAUUGUAGCUGUGUUCCUGUUCUUGGUUUACCAAACCAUGGAGACCAACUCCAUCAACCCAUUUGGCACAGGCACAGAAGUGACCAGUGGCAGCACAGCAUAGAGAGAGUGAGCAGAAAGAGAAGCUUUUCUUCUUCUAUUUUUUCUUUUUUUUUUUUUUUUUUUUUUUUUUAGUGUGAAUCUGCAUUGUAGCCAUUUUGUUCACGGGUGCUGUGAAUUUACCUCUGACAUCAUCGCCCGUUUGUCCUCAGUUUUACUUCCCCUUUUUUUUUUUUUUCCUUCAUUUAUGAAUCGGUUUCCACUGAAUCCCUAAAGAGAAGCGAUGUAGCCGUUUCAGUGACACUUCCAGGAUCUCCAUGACACAUGUGAAAGGACAGUACCGCAUCUGCUGUUGUUGUUUCGGUUCACCCUUGACCCUUGACCUCACUGUCUGUGAGGUUAAACAAAGCAAGCCACUAAUCAACGUUGAGAAACACAAACACAGUAGCUUUGAUGGUGAUAUGUGGACUCUUUGUUGCCAUGUUUUGUUCAUUUCAGACAUGCAUGGUGUGUGUGUGUGUGUGUGUGUGCGUGUGUGUGUGUUUGUACUGAAUGUGUGUGGUUGAGAUAUUUUUUCACACUUUGCCUUAGUUUCUGUCUCUGUUAGUCAUGAACAGCCUUGAAGAUGGAAUUUGAACCUAUAAUUUUGUUUUGUACUUUACUUGACCAUCUUUGUUGAUGAGACAGAGAGGCUCCUUGUUACAAUCAAAAUGCUUCUAAAUCUUCUUAAAGCCCACACCAAUAUUUUCUUAAUGUUCUCUUAUAAUAAAUUUGAAUGUUCCAGUGUAUUCUACUUAAUCAUGUAUUCACUGUCUCAAAUAUUAAAUAUCCAUUCAAUAAACUAUUAUGUUGUUA